AGGACCGGUGACACUCGUGACAGCCCUUAAAGUCGCCGACGCCGCGUUAAUCUGUUCGUGAGGAGGGCCAGAUGGAGAAAUCCAAAAACUUUCGCAUCGACGCGCUCCUGGCCGUCGAUCCACCAAAAGUGCAGACCUCGCCGCUGGCGCUGGUCACCUCCCUGCCCACCUCUUCAGUAUCAUCCUCCUCAGAAAGCGGCCAGGCGUCGGAGUUGAACGCGAGCUCCGACGCUCUUCGAACCGAGACUCCGUCGCCUCCCAGGAUAUCGUCUUGCGGCUUGAUUCCCAAACCGGGUUUCUUGAACUCUCCUCAUUCGGGCAUGGUCGGACUACACCCUCAGAGCAGCCCCGGGAUCCCCCCUCAGGCUCUCUACGGUCACCCAAUGUACACUUACUCGGCGGCGGCGGCGCUGGGCCAGCACCCGGCUCUGUCCUACUCGUACCCGCACGGCUCGCACCAUCACCACCCCGGUGACCCCCUCAAACUCACCGCCAGCUCCUUCCAGCUCGACCACUGGCUGAGGGUCUCCACUGCGGGCAUGAUGCUGCCUAAAAUGGCAGAUUUCAAUGGCCAGGCGCAGUCAAACCUGCUCGGGAAGUGCAGAAGACCGAGAACCGCCUUCACGAGCCAGCAGCUCCUUGAACUUGAGCACCAGUUUAAGCUCAAUAAAUAUCUGUCGAGACCAAAACGGUUUGAAGUGGCCACAUCACUGAUGCUAACAGAGACGCAGGUGAAAAUCUGGUUUCAGAACAGGCGCAUGAAGUGGAAGCGCAGUAAAAAGGCGAAAGAGCAAGCCGCUCAGGAGGCCGAGAAACAAAAAGGUAAAGGAAGCCAGGACAAAAUGGACGGACUGGAGAAGGACUACCAGAAGGCGGACUCGGUGAAAAGUAACAGAAUACGGGACUUCAGGGACAGUGACGACGAAGAAGGAGACAAUUACAUGCUGAAUUCAUCUGAUUGUUCCUCCGACGAUGAACGAACCAACGCCAGCGAUAUCAGUCCACAGCCGUGAGACUGCGUUUCCAAAAAAAAAGAGACGCUUACGUGAGCGAAGUGUGUGAUUUGCAUGUGUUAUCAUGUCGCAGUAAUUACGGAAAUGCUGAGAUGGACGCCCACGUGAGCGGUUUGUACGCUUACGAACGCGGACCUCUCAUACUUCCUCUGAAGGGGAAGCCUGGUGUUACGGUCGCAGAGCAUGUGGUAAAAAAAAAUCAUUACACCAAGCAAAAUAGAUUAGCAGUAAUAAUUCCCAUCAGAUGUUCCCAUUUGAUAACCACUGUGUUAGUUUCUGAACUGAAGUGGCGUCGUUUCAUCUACACCAAGAACCACGUGCGUUUAUUUUUAUACAAUGUAUUUAUAACGAAAUAGCUUUUAAAAUGCAUGUAAAUUAUCGUUUAGGUUUAUCAGU